GUACCUUGUCAGCUCGGGGGUUUGAACUUGCAACAUUCCGGUUACAAGUCCAACGCUCUAACCACUAAGCUUCCCUGCCUCCCCAUAAAUUGAAGUACCUGAGUAUUCCGAAAAAUAGUCACCUGAUGCUUGUUAGUUAAAGUUAAACAAUACCAGGAAAAUGAGAAUACCAUGGCCGAAACCAUCAAUCUGUUCCUUCACGUGAGAUUUUAGGGAGAAAUAUGGAUUUCUGAACCGGUGAUGAAGCUUCGUCCUCCUACGAAGUAAGCAGCCUUUCCCUCAUUUUGUGCUAUCUUGGUCAUUGGCCACAACUUGUUCCUUCUUUCUAUGUCCCCCGGGCUGAGAUGCUCGGCGAAACGCAUAACCAUGGCUCGGAAGGAAGGCGUUCUUCCUAGCAGCUUUUCAGACUGCAUCCCUGUAGAAUCUGACAGUGAAGAGGAUGACCCCUUGGUCUUGAAUCGUUUUGCUGUCGCUUCUUGCCGAGGCGAUGCACAACGUCGAUGGUAUCACCAACUGUUGUUCUUCUCUGCAGCAGAUGGCAGUAGCGGUUUUUUCCACCAGCUACUUGAUUUACGGGGAGAACCCAACAUGUCAGCCUCCAUGUCCAGAUUAUGUUCAGAUUUGUAAUGAAAAGAAUUCUAGACAAUUGGAAGUCCUACAGACACAGAUUCGUUCCGUGGAUUGCAUUGAAUCUUCGUAAAAAUGAGAGAACUAUUCGCCAGGUCACAGAGCGCUCAAAAGACAGGCUGGUCUCGGAUGAGGUGGUGUCAGAAACACUACUACGCCUUUUUAGGGCACUGCUCAGAAAUGACGUUGCACACCAGGGAGAGGCGUUACGUCUGCUUCCCGCCUCGACUCAAACCCGCUACCUCAGCCCAGAGACCACUGAGGGACCAGACAUAGGAGAACCAAAAGGAGAGCAUAGGCCCAUCGAGACGAUGUUACUCACGGUUGGGUUCUGUAUUGAGCGAAAGCCUAGUUCCUUGCCGUUCGCUGGAACAGGAGUCUUUGUUACCAGGGGCUUUGUGCAUAAAGGAACUACAGUGGCCAUGUACCCAGGUACCAUCUAUCAGGCAUAUGAGCCCAUUCUUUUCCAGUCCAUUCGGAACCCUUUUGUAUUCAGAUGCAUAGAUCAUGUUUUGAUUGACGGCAAUGACAAAGGCAUCUCUAAAAUAGUGUACAGGUCGUGCAGUGGAAGAGACAGGCUUGGUCCUUUCAGUUUGAGUGACAUCACUUGGUUGACAGCCAAUACAAAAAACCCGCUAGCAGUGGGUCAAUAUGUGAACAACUGCUCAAAUGAGAGGGCUGCAAAUGUGUGCUAUCAGGAGUAUGAUGUGCCUGAAACAUUUCCUCUAGAACUUCGCCAGUACCUUCCCAAUGUGAACUACAGACAUGACACGCAAAGGCCUUUACGAUGUGUGGUCCUUGUAGCAUUAAGAGACAUCUGUCCAGGGGAGGAACUAUUUUCGAACUACUUCACUAUCGUGCAUUAGGUCUCAUUUUAAAACCGGUACUACUCGAACUUGUUCAAGAAGAAACACUUGGCUAAAGUGUGCCUUAGUGCACACAACCCAGGUCUAAGAUGUUUGAACACGUAAGAUUAUGAGAAGUACUUAUUCAACUAGUCAAGUGAAAGCCCCUCUGAAGAACUGUGGCCAGAUGAUUCUGUGUAGCCUAUGAGGGAAGGACAAUGAAAGAGACUGAAGCAAGAAUGGAGAACAUGAAACUGAGAAGACCAUAUUCAUAAGAACAUUUUCCUUUAUUUCUGCAUCUGUACACAUGAUACGUCUGGAACAAAAUAUAAAAUAUUCAACGAAAGAGUAUAUAGUUUUAUGAACAAUAAACUUUACUUUUGAAUUAUGAGAU